UAAACCCCAAUAUUUUACCAUUUACCUCCUAUUUUUCCGCCAUUAAUGACCUCGAAACUCUCUGUAAACAUGAAGAUCAGACAAAUGUUGAAUUAGGUAUCAACUCUCUAACAUUCACACACGCUCGAAGCUUCCUUCUACUGAUUCGAUGGAUUCACUCACUCAACACACUCUCACCCCAACCAAAACCAAAUUCUCAACAACAUUUGCCAAAGUGUUGCACAUUCAAAAACCAAAGUCAACUCAAAAAGUCAAACCCCAUAUUCACCAACAUGAUCAAAAGCUUCAUAAUCUUAACAACAACAACAACAACAACAAUCAACCAACAAUGGAUGCUUUUAUUGCCAAACUGUUUGCCACUAUUUCAUCAGUGAAAGCUGCAUAUGCACAACUACAAGUUGCUCAAUCUCCGUACAACCCUGAGGCAAUACAACAUGCUGACCAGAUCUUGGUCUCUGAACUCAAAAGACUGUCGGAAUACAAACAACUGUUCCUCAAAAACCAUCUUGAUGAUGAUGACGUCAACUCCCCUGAAACCACUCAACUGUUAGCAGAAAUUCAAGAGCAAAAGAAUCUUGUACAAAUGUAUGACAUAACCCUCAAGAAUCUUAACAGCCAGAACAAGUUAAAAGACUCUGAAAUCAUCUUCUUGAAGGAGAAACUAAACGACACAAACAAAGAUAACAAGAUGAUCCAACGGAGAUUAAACUCAAACUCAUUUAACGAGAAGAUGAAGAUCAGUUUCUCGUCAAUAACUGUAAACAGUUUCUUAUUGGCACUUCACCAAACAGUUAAAUCGGUUAAGAGUUUUGUGAAGUUUUUGAUGGAUGCAAUGGAAGAUGCCAACUGGGAUUUAAAUGCGGCCGUGAGUUCGAUCCAACCGGAUGUGUGUUUUGGGGAUGUGUCUCAACAGUUUUUCGCAUUCGAGUCGUUUGUUUGUCGAGUGAUGUUCGACGGGUUUAAUGAUUCGGGUUUUUCGAUCACAAACAAUGGGUUUGAGUCCGGUUCAGGUUCAUGGUCUCCUCGGUUUUUCUACGAUAGUUUUAUCGAAUUGAAAUCGCUAAAAGCUCAAGACUACAUUACGUGGAAACCGAAUUCGACGUUUGCGAGAUUUUGUUGGUUGAAGUAUUUGAAACUUGUUCAUCCCGUUAUGGAAUUCUCUCUUUUUGGCAAUUUAAAUCAAAGAAAUCUUGUGUCCGAUGGAAAGUUUCCGGAAACGAACUUUUUUUCGGCGUUUGCGGACGUGGCGAGGCGGGUUUGGCUCCUGCAUUGUCUAGCGAACGCGUUUGAUUCGAAUGUGCCGUCGGUUUUUCAGGUGAGGGAAGGGAGUCGGUUUACGGAAGUGUUUAUGGAGAGUGUGAAUGAUGAGGCGGGGAAUGCGUCGCCGGAAGUGGGUUUUACGGUCGUUCCAGGGUUUAAGGUGGGUGGAACCGUUAUACAGUGUCAAGUGUAUCUAACUUGACACAUGAUCUAGUGGUCUAGUGGUAUGAUAAUUGCUGAAAAUGACCCGGGUUCAAAUAUACAAAGGUGUGGUUAUUAGGUGUAAACAAUUAAAGAGUAAAUUGCCAAAAUCGUUCUUGAGGUUUGAUCAUUUUUGUUACUUUAUCCCAAAACUCAAACCUUAUGAAUGUGGGUCCAUGUGGUUUCAAUUUUUAUUGUCAUUUUCAUCAAAAAACAAAAUCUGGUCGGAUUUUUCACCUAACAUAUAUUUUUUUUUGUCUUUUUCUUCCCUUUUAACGAGAGCAAAAUGGUUAGAUUUUUUAAUUUGUUAAAAUAAAACGUUAAAAGACUAUUUUGCCGUUCAUUAAAAGGGUGGAAAAGAACAAAAACACAGGAUGUUGACUGACAAAUCUGACCAGAUUUUGAUUUUGGAUAAAAAUGACAACAAAAAACCACAGAGACCAAAUUCAAAAGUUUUGAGUUUUGAACUAAAAUGAAAAAAGUGAUAAAACCUCUGUGACCAUUUUCGCAGUUUACUCAAAAAAAUUAAGAAAAAUGUAUUUGACUUGAGGUUUGACCAUGAUGAGAUCGGACGGUUGUAAGGUUGUGGGCCCGGAAGAUGUGAAAAGGGUGGGGCUGGCGGUACCACAUGGUGGGAAUUAAAGCAUGGAUCGUGAUGGAAAGCGGCAUGGGCAAGACCGCAUGUGGACCUUCGGGUCAAUGGCUAGUUUUUGAACUCGUAAUUGUUGUAUGAUAACCCUAAUAGUUGUUGUAUGAAAAUAGAAUUUUAUGUAUAUCUAGUUUAAAUGUAGUUUUAUUAUUAUACUAUAAAUCAAUCCACUUUAAGAGAUG